AACUGUGACAAAGACAAAGAGUUGAGUUGAGUUGAAUUGAAGGUUUUCAUUUUCAAUUCUUUUUUUCAAACAAAUCUUUUGCAUGGAACUACGAAAUUACAAGUAGAUAAUCAUUUAAUAUAAAAGAUAAUUUAAACAAAGCAAAGUCUAGCAAACAAAUAAUGAAAACGGGAUUGUUGUACGGCAUCGUAGCGAACUCUAAAACGCGAGUGCGCUGCGUAUUCUGCGGGGUUUACAUACCGAAGGCAAACAAAUGUAUUGAGGAGCACACCAACGGGAUGAAACACAAGGAAAAUAUAGAUUUAAUGUCGGAGAACGGGUUGACGUACUACAACGAUGAGUUGUACUGCAAACCUUGCGACGUUUACCUCACUGGUGAGGAUUCGGUUGCUGCCCAUCUUGAAGGCGAGCAGCAUGCCAACUGGGUAGCCGCUAUGGACGAUUUGAUAGAAGGUGAGUUCAUAAAUAUCGACGCCUAUCUAUCCACUGAGAGCGAGGAAGUGUUCUGCGAGGUUUGCAACAUGAAGGUCAACUGCACCUUGCAGAAUAUUGAAGAACACGUAAACGAUAUCUUACAUCGCAGCAACGUUGCUGAGAAACUGAAGCCGCUUAACGGUAUAUUCCCAGUUGAAAAUGAUGAUGAGUUAUGGUGCAAAGUAUGCGAUGAGUACAUAGAAAACACUGCACGCAGCCUCCUAGAACAUAUAGAUGAUGAUAAACAGCAUGUCGAGUGGUUCAUGGAUAUAGAAGAUCUGAUCGAAGACCAGGAGAUAUCGAUUCAGGACUACCUCAAAAAUGAACAUGAAAAAAAGGCAUUCUGCAACAAAUGUCAGGUGGAAAUACCAUGCAACGCUCGCAGUUUAGAGGAACAUGUCCAUAGUGAAGCGCAUCUCAAUCAAUUUAGUUAAUAAUUCUUAGUCUGUUAGUUCCAAUUGUUUAUGUAAACACAUGUUAUCUCCCCAUUUAAUUUAAACAAUCAUAAGUAUAUAUGUAUUUUGUUUGUAAUAAACAAAACUGAAUAUAAAUGUGAAAAAUAUUAUGAUUAUUGAUUAUCAAAAAUAAGAAAAAACAAUGGUUAAAUGUUAACAAUUUAUUAAAUAAAAGCAUUGUAACUUCAAGUAAUUUAAUUAUAAAAGAAAAAUAUGAAAGAAUAUAAGCUGUUGGCCUAUUAUAUGUAUAAAUUUGAUUAAGUUGAUGUCUGCAAGAUGGCUGUCUACCCAAAUCAGACUUGACCCAUGUAAUCAUUGAAUAAACAAUAAUUUGAAUGUUCAUGAGUAUAUUACUAUACUCUUGUCUGUUAAAUAUGUAAUACCUUAAAGUUGAUUUAUUAUAUUCACAAUUUCUGUUAAUAUAUCAUUAAAAAUAA